AUGAAACUAAAUCUUGAGCAUGAAUUAUAUAUGCCUUUUAUGUCAUAACUCAGACUAUUUAAACAAUAUUAUUCAAGAGAAAAAGAGAAAACGAUAUGUAUUAAUUUGAGCAAUUUCUUUAGAAAAUAAAUAAUCGAACUCAAUAAAGUUCUAAAUACCAUGGAAUAUAUCGCAGCACAUAAACCGAAAUUCGAUACUUAAUAAAAUGAAAAUUGGGGUAGAUAGGAGGUCAGGUUGAGAAAAUUGCUUUACGAUAAAGCUAUUUCAAUAAAUUAAAAUAAUGAGCAUGCAUGGUAUAAUAAGGGAAAUAAACUUAAAAUAUUUCUAAUUAGGUUCUGCAUUAGAUCUUUUAAUUUAUACCAAUAAUCUAUUGAGUGA